GCCGGGUUAGCGCUCAUGAAUCGCGAAGUCCCCACCCGCGUCGCGCGCCGGGCUGUGGUCACGGGAAGGGACAGGCACGGCAGCUGGCCUCGCGGAGGGGAAGACGCGGAAGGGCCCGGGGCGAAAACACGCGGGUGCCACACGGGGCCUUUAAGGGGCAGAGGGGCGGUCUUGCGACGCCAGCCCCGCCCACAGUCCACGCCCACCCAGACACGCCCACAGGCCACGCCCCCUGCCGCCUCCCGGCCACUGCGGACGGGCGGGAGGAAGCGGCCGCCGCCGCCCAGACGCGGUCCCUGCCCGCCGCGCUCCCGCCGUCGUCCGUCCGUCAGUCCGUCCGGCCGUGGCCGCGUCCGCCGGGGAUGCGUCUGCAGCAUGGCCGCGCUGGGCUGGUGGCUGGACAUGGCGCAGUGGCUCGCGCUGGUGUCGCUCUUCGUGGCCGCGCUGGCCACAGUGGGCCUGUACCUGGCGCAGUGCGCGCGGGCCGGGGCGCGACCCCAGCCGGGCCGCCGGGCGGGGCAGCCGGACGCGCUGCUGUCGUGGAUGCUGACGCUGGAUGGCUGGCGCGCGCAGUGGUGGGCCGCCUGGGUGGCCGCGCUGAACGCCGAGGCCGCGAAGACUCGGGGUCCGCUGCGCCUCUCCUUCCAGCAGGACCUGCAGCCGCAGCCUCUGGAGCUGGCGGUCUCAGAGGUGUCCAGUGUGGCCAGGUCAGCCCAGGAGAAGGUGGUGACCUGUUAUGUGGCAGGGGAGGCUCUGCAGUUCCUGGUCAGCGUGGGGCUGGCCUCGGCUGGGGACAUGGAAUGGCAGCUGUGUGACGUGCGGCUGGCUCCAGUGCACCUGCAGCUGGAGUUCCACAUGAAGGACAAGAGGGAGGACAUCCACAUCCGCUGGUCGUUGGUGGACAUGCCAGAUACAGCCCUGCAGAUCUGGCCCCGUGCCCCGGGUGAGGAGCUGAUGGUGGCGCAAGAGGCCGCGUGCGAUGCGCUCCGGGACGUGCUUAGGCGCCUGGCGGGCCCCGCGGCGCCGGCCGUGGUCCUGAGCACCAGGCCCGCCGGCCAGCAGGAGGCGCAGAGUCUGCCUCGUGCCCCGCCCGCGCAGGACUGCUGCCCCCCCAAGCCGCCUCGGGCGCACGAGCUGCGGCUGCAGGUGAAGAACAUCCGCGCCUCACUGCUUAGCCACGUGAGGACCUCAGGUGGCCCUGGCCCUGUGUGCACCGCGCGGCUGAACGACCCUGCCCAAGGCUUCGCCAGCUCCCCAUCGAGGACCAGUGCUGACCUCUCCUGGGAGGAAGAAUUCACCUUUGAGCUCAACGCCAGGUCCCGGGAGCUGCACCUGCUGAUCAAGGAGGAGGGACGGCCCUCGGAAGGGUCCCUGGCGGUAGCGGUUGUUCCACUGGACUUGUUUAGGAAGCAGCCCUCCGGACCACGGAGUUUCACGCUGACCAGCGCUCCGGGCCCGGGCAGCAUGGUGCUGGGCUCAGUCACUGCAGAGUUCUCUUACAUAGAACCUGGAGAGCCCAGAGCCCCACCGGCCCCGCUGCCCGCUCCAGCUGCCACGGUAGAAAAGGAUCGCACUGUGAUGCCCUGCGGCACUGUGGUCACCACCGUCACUGCCGUGAAGACCAAGCCUCGAGUGGACGCGGGGAGGGCGUCAGAGUCUCCUGUGAGGACGCCCGUCAAGGUGAAAGUUAUCGAGAAGGACAUCUCUGUGCAGGCCAUUGCGUGCCAUGGUGCAACCGUCAGCAAAACGCUGUCCUCUUCCGACACAGAACUGUUGGUGCUGAAUGGAUCCGACCCGGUGGCCGAAGUCGCCAUCCGCCAGCUCAGUGAGUCCUCGAAGCUGAAGCUCAAGUCGCCCCGGAAGAAGAGUACGAUCAUCAUUUCAGGGGUCUCCAAGACCUCCCUCUCUCAGGACCAUGACGCUGCCCUCAUGUUAGACUACGCAGCUUCCAUGGACAGUGCCCCCCAGCAGAACGCCCUGGCCCCUGUUGUGGCCACCGCCCCAGUCACCCUGGAGGCAGCUGCACCCUCUGCCCCGCCUGCUGAGCAUGAGCCAGCCCUUGAGCCCGCCGCGCCUGAGCACCUGGAGCCUGAGCUGGACCCUUGGGAUGUGCACAAGGAGGCAGCGGCAGCGUGGAGCCGGCCAUGCCUGCUGGAGCCCGAUGGGGACGAGCUGUCUGAGAGCUCCCUGAGUGCCGGGGAGCUGGGCGCCCCCAAGAAGCGGAAAGGAUCACUCUGCAGACCAGAGUUAAUUCCUGCGCAGAGGAAUCCUCAGGAAAGGGGCGAAGCUCUUCUUCCGCCGCCGGCACCAGCAGAAGGACCCGGGCAUGAGCCAGUCCCACAACGACCUGCUGUUCCUGCAGCAGCCGGAGGGGGCGCGCAGGAAGACCAGGACGCUCGGCCGCAUCCUGAACAAGAAGCUGUUGCCCUGGCAGCGGGGCAGGAACGCGGUGAACGGGGUGCCCGGGGAGCCCUGCACGUAGCCCGCGUGGCCACCUCCUUCCUCAGGAAGCCGUAGGACGGGGACCUCGAUGCACCCAGGACUGCGUGGCGCCAGCUGCUGCCCAGCCCGUCUUCCUAGCUUGGCUUCUUCUGGCGGGGAAAAGCAGCCCGCAUUUCCAGCCAGGAGCUUUGCCCAAAGAGGGCUGAUGAGCCCAGUUGGCGCCCGGUGCCCCCUAGCCCCGGCCUGGGAGCUACUCAGGCUCUUCUGGAAGGAGGGAAUAAUGGGGUUUGUUGGACCGAGGAGGGGUGGGGCUGGCAGAACCCACUCUGCCCACCACAAGGUAUGGGGUCCACGCCUGACAGUAUUCCUGUGCUGUCCCGUGCACCGGACUCACCCUCCGCUAGAAUUAAAACAGGCACCUGGCUCAGAGGACAGGGAGGUGGCGGGAUUUUGAUAAACAUGAAUUACGAUAGGAAUGAAAUGUAGGCAGCCUUUGCCUACGACGUUAGCCAUAGAAUCUGCACACGUGUGCAAACCCCACGUACGCCCUAUGCAUAUUUCACUCAACACUUCCACGUUUACCUGAGCUUACUUGCAGGUGGAGUGCUUGCAGGCCGCCAUGGUUCUCACACUUUCCUGUCACGCUGAGCUCAGGAUGCCCACACGACAGGAAGUCAGGGGCAGUGAGAACCCGGUCACCAGACUCCCACGCAUGGAUUUUGCCAUAUGUGCCCCUGGGGCUGUGUUGGAAAUGACCUCAGGAAAGCAGGUGUAAUACCAAACUGCAGACUGGCAGGAACUUUAGAGGGCACUCCAGCAUCCAGCUCUGAACACUGCCCUCUCCACACCCCCCCCCCGCAUAUUUUGGGGUGUCCUUAAGCGGACCCAUGGUUUUGUGUCCUGUAACGUCAGACCUCUCUCCCCAUCAAAGACGCUGGUGCUCCCCGGCCCUGAAUGGGCGAGCACUUUGCCCUGGGCCCCGUGAUGGUCUGCAGCAUGGGGGGACAAGUGUGUUAUGGAGCGACUGUUCCCAAUGAUGGUGGUACCUCCCCGGAUUCAGCCUCACUGAGCCAGAGAAGGCUGGUGUGGAAACCCAGCCCUAAGCACCAGGGUGAAAAGCAGUGCCUCUUGAGAAUCCCCAAGCCAGGCAUCAGCUGGGUAGAAACCCGGGGCAGAGCCCGAGCCCUACCAUUUUUUUUUUUUUCUUUCCUGCUUUUGAGGGAGAAAGUGAAAUACACUAGAAAUUUCACUUUCAAAUUCAUGGUAAGCAGUACUUAGGUGUUUGGGAGAUAUCAGGUGACUUCGAGAUGACUUUGCACCACUGUUUUUAAAAAGGUUCUGUUCUGAAGUUCAGCACUGUAAUGUUCCAAACCCACCACGUCAACAAGUCAGUCCCCAGUGUGAGUGAUUGCUGCUGGUCUCUGGGGAGUGGAGGUUCCUUACUCUUUUGGUGAACUUGAAAUAUUAGGCUGUUGUGUGCUGGGCAGAACUUGUGAUGUACAACAAACUCUGUUUUUCCUUUUCUUCUUUUUCUGUACUGGGAUUGAACCCACAGCCUUGCACAUGCUAGGCAAGUGCCCUACCUCUGAGCUACACUCUCAGCCCUUUUAAAAAAAUUCAUUUGAGGCAGGGUGGGUGUUAAGUUUUCCGGCUGUGAACCUGGCAGUCCUCCUGCUUCAGUCUCCUGAAUAGUGGGGGUUAGUACUGGUGUAUGCCAUCUCACUGAGCUCACAAGGCAUACUCCUGAGAGGGUAUGGUAUGCUGGAACUGAGGACCCUGAUCAGAACUUAGUACAGAUGGAGCACCCCUUACCCAAAAUGCCGAGGGGCCAGAAGGGUUUCAAAUUUCAAAGUUUUUCUAAUUUUGGAGUAUGUGAUUAGACUUUCCCAAUCUGAAAACCCAGAGUGCUCAAAAUCUGAGACCAAGUGCCCCAAUCCUCAGAAGGCUUCAGACUUUGCAUUAGGCAGGCCCUGCAGAUAGUGUCAACGGUUUGGUUUUGAAAUUCCAGUGGAUCAGUGUUUGCCAUCUGAAUCUUAGGUUACCCUCCUCAAACAGAAGAAACUGUAACCGUCCUGUUCCCCAGUGAGCCUCACACGCCUCUCCCCCUCUUUAUGUUCCUGUCUGGUGGCCUGUGUGCCCUCCAGCAGGUGGCCUUUCCUGUGACAGAAAACACUGUGGCAGAGGGUGACAGGGACCCAGGAGACAGCAGGUGACCUCAGGCUGUCCAACACAGUGAAGGCCCUCUUCCAGUGUUCCUUUGGGGCUGUGUUUUCAUGGUGUAAGGCGUUUGUGUCACCAAAGGUAAAAGUGGGUUUAGGUGACCAAGCGUGUGCUAACAGUACAGGUGGGAGACUCACCAGCCACAAGCUUCAGUGGCUUCAGGGCUUUGGUGGGUAUUUUUUGUUUGUUUUGUCUUGAAAUACUUUUUUGCAGAUGAAAAUUUAAAAGCAAUUACCCCUAAACCAGGAACACUGACAAGGCUUUGUGUCUCCAGAAACAGGUGGGGGGGCUGGUUGGGAUGAGCCACCCACCUCCCAGCCUGCUUCCCUGGGACUUUCAAAGGUGUGUGUGUGUGUGUGUGUGUGUGUGUGUGUGUGUGUGUGUGUGCGCGUGCGCGCGUGCGCACACGCGCGUUUCCACGUAGCAAUAGUUGGGACCUCUUGUUCUGAUGGAAAACCUGCUGAGAGAAGGAGUCACUUGAGCACUUUAUUUUAAUCACGUUUCAAGUUUUAAGUCCAACACCAGCCCUGGAUUCCUCGCCUCGGCUGCCUGGCUGGUCUCUGCCCAUCCAGACUUACGGGGACUUGCAGACUUGAGAUCAGGAUUGUGUUCCUGAGCAGAAGGAGAGGGUCUGUGUCACUGCUGCCACUGGAAAGCAGGUGUUUUCUGGGCAACACACUGGAGAAUUGGGGGCCUCAAUCCUCAGCACGCGCACAGGUAGACAACGGAAGUCAGAUCAUGCGCUCUGGCAGGCGAGACACAGGUCUCAGGGUCAGUGCGAAGCCGGAUGCCAGGCAGUCUCCACUGCCCAGAGCCGCAGGGCUCUCUUCACAUCCUAGACCACGGCCCAAGGUCCCCAAGGCUAUCUUCGGUACCACACUGAAAGAAGAUGCAGGUUCAGGCUGGCGCGGUGUGGCAUGUGGGCAUUGGACUUGUGGCGACGGCUGUGGCCUCAGCAGCACUUUAGACACAGGUGCCAACCCCACUGGGGGACACCUGGCUGCAGCAGGAGUGGUCGUUGGAAGAAAUAAAUGUGCACAUGGAA